AUGGAGUCACCAAGACCAGUCAUCAGUGUCCUCGGAUCACUGAACAUCGACCUCGUAUCAUAUGUCCCUCAUCAUCCGCUACCCGGUGAGACAAUAACUUCAAGCCAGUUCAAUGUCUUCCCCGGAGGAAAGGGCGCCAACCAAGCUGUUGCUUGUGCCAAGCUUUCAAGGACUUCUGAUCUGAAGAACCCAAGCGUUGAUGUUGCCAUGAUCGGUGCCGUAGGAGCUGAUGCUUAUGGUUCCGUACUCCUUGACAGUCUAAAGUCAUAUGAUGUUGGAACAAACUCUAUCAUCGUGAACAGGGACGGGGGAGCCGGAUCCCAGAGUGGAAUUGCUAUGAUCAUCGUCGAUGAACCAACUGGCCAGAACCGCAUCAUCUUAUCACCGGGUGCCAACAAUUCUCUGCAACCAAGCCAUUUCGCUGAGAUCCCUGGCCCAACGCCAUCAUUGCUCAUCAUGCAGCUUGAGAUCCCUCUGGAGACAGUCAUCCAGGCGUUCAAAGCCGCCAAGACGACAGGAACUCCCGUUCUGCUCAACCCUGCCCCCGCUCAAGUACUCCCAGCGGAGAUUUACCAAGAUCUAGCUCACUUGAUCCUCAACGAGACCGAAGCGGCUUUGUUGUCAAACAAGGACGAGUCUGAGUUUGAAAACAUCUCAGUUGUCGAAAAGGCCGCUGCUGAUUUCCUGGCUCGAGGCGUGCGGAACGUUGUGAUUACUCUGGGUGGGAAAGGUGCAUACUAUGCCAGCGACAAAGGUGCCAAGGGCCUCAUCCCAGCUCUGAAGGUUGAGGUCGUGGACACGACUGCUGCUGGUGACACAUUCAUUGGUGCUUAUGCAGUUGAGCUUGCGGGUGCUGAGCAAAGGUCGGAGCAGUUCGACAUUGAGAAGGCCGUCAGGUCAGGUAUCUGGGCGUCAUCGAAGACAGUCGUGCGAAGGGGAGCGCAAGUAUCUAUACCAUGGAAGGAUGAAUUAGAAUCAACGAAGUAA